AUGAACUAUGGAGCCGGACCGUCACAUCUACCUUCUUCUUCUUCUUCUUCUUCUUCUUCUUCUGACGACGAAAUAUGGUCUCAGUACAUUAAAGAUUGGGAGGAAGAUAUGACACAAUGGGAGAAGGAAGAUGAACUCUUAGCUCGCGUACAUGCCUCUAAUAGUAAAAUAAUGACUUAUCUCUCUCAAGAGGCAGAGCGGCCAAAGCGUAUUGGCUCAGUUCCUGGUCAUUUGGUGAUCAAUCGCGGGAGGGAAGAAGGUAAUUCUCAACUUUACCAUGACUAUUUUUCUGAUAACCCUACAUAUGGUGCAAACCUCUUCCGUAGAAGGUUCCGGAUGCACAGGAGUUUAUUCCUUCGUAUAGUUGAGGCAGUACGUGAGCAUGACAACUUCUUCGUACAGAAGAUGGAUGGUGUCAGCAAACUUGAGCUAUCAACUUUACAAAAAGUUACAUCGGCAUUUCGCAUGUUGGCGUAUGGAACAUCAGCAGAUAGUACUGACAAAUAUGUUAGGAUCGGAUCCAAUAACGAUAUUAAUGUAUUGCAGUCGUCUAAUUUGUUCGACAAUCUAUCACAAGGUAUUGCUCCUCCUGCUCAUUACACAAUUCAAGGAAAAAAUUAUGAUGUCGGUUAUUAUUUGGCCGAUGGCAUAUAUCCGAAAUGGCCAACACUUGUUCAAACCAUUUCUAAUUCCGAUGAUAAAAAGAAACAAUAUUUUGCAAUGAUGCAAGAAGCAUGUCGAAAAGAUGUUGAGCGGGCAUUCGGUGUUCUCCAAUCACGAUUUGCUAUCAUCAAGGGGCCAGCCCGUUUUUGGGAUAAACGAACUCUGCAUGAUAUCAUGACUGCUUGUAUUAUAAUGCACAAUAUGAUUGUCGAAGAUGAACGCGAUGAGCAAGAAGAUGUUGUCAUUUCAACUCUACAAUCAAUUCUGAAUGCUGAAAAUAUGGAGAUAACGGAAACUGAACGAUUCCAACGGUUUCUUGCUCGACAUAAGAGGUUGAAAAACAAAGAAGCUUAUUUUGCACUUCGAAAUGCAUUGAUUGAACAUUUGUGGGAAAGACAUGGAAAUGAAGCGAUGUAA